AAAAAAGAAAAAGAAGAAAAUCUCAGCCAAAAUGAGGGUUUAUUUACUCUUUUUCUCCCCAAAUAUCCCCAAGCAUACGUCGCCACUCCCGUUGGAGACCGGAGAAGAGAGGAGGAGGAAGAAAUCGAGUCGGAGUUUUGGACCUCCCCAUCCCCAUUUGGGUUUGGUACUUGUUCCUUUCCCCUCCGGCGCAAUCUUGCCGUCCGAGCUCGCCCAGCAAUUUUUCUUUGGAUUUCUUUAGUGCGAACCUCGCUGGAUGGACGCUUGAGGGCCAGGCAUUGAUUUGAUUUUAAGUGGUCCAGGCGAUUGGAGCAGCAGUUGCUGCUAGCCGUCGUUGGCGGACGGUUCCUGGGACGUGAAAUUUCUUGAGAUUUGAGCAUGAAAUUGAAACUGCAGUGGGAAUUGUAUAUGCAUGUAUUGGUGACCCCACAGAAGAAGAUAUUCUGCAAUGGUCUGGUGGUGUAGGAAAAACGAAAUCGAAGUACCUUGCCUUGGAUUAAGUGCAUUUUCACAUAGGGAACUUCAUUUAUCGAAGAUCAGGCAGCUGUAUUUCUAGGAAGUGCAACGCUGGUUUCCUAUGCAAUCUUCUGCGGAUGGCUGCUCCUCCUGUUGAAUCAGAAACAGGCAGUCCAACAGAUAAUCACCCUUUACUGAUGGACCACCUGGAAAAUACUUCUCAUCGCGAGAUUGCAAUUGACAGCCCAAGGGAUGACGACGCUUCUUCAUCAACAUCUAGUCGGGAUAAUAACAGUGGAUUGGAUCGACUGCCUCGUAACUCAGAAAAUUUGCAGGAAACAACUACUCCAUCUAACUCUCAGAAUGCUCCUCUAGCAAGAAGAGGUGAUAAUCGUGUCCGUCGUCAGCAAAGUCCUUUGAAUUCUAGUUGCUGGAUUUCAGUUGAGCUUAUUGUAACAGUUAGCCAGAUUAUAGCGGCUAUCUCUGUUCUAUCAUUAUCAAGGAAUGAACAUCCACAUGCUCCAUUGUUUGAGUGGGUCAUUGGUUACACAGUAGGUUGUAUUGCUACUCUUCCUCUUCUUUACUGGCGCUAUAUCCAUCGCAACCGCCUGACCACUGGGCAAGAAUCAGCAAGUCAGAACUUCCCACCGAACAGCAUCCCUGAGGCCAAUUCUUUCACAGAAAGUUCAGCCUCUCGUAUAUCUGAAGCUGGCCAUGUAACUGGCACAAAUGGAGUCUCACAAAACAACACCAUCACCAGAAAUCCAAGGGUCCAAGCUUAUGCUGAUCACUUCAGGAUGGCCCUGGACUGUUUUUUCGCUGUGUGGUUUGUUGUGGGGAAUGUGUGGAUAUUUGGUGGACAUUCUUCUUCUCAUGACGCACCUAACUUGUACAGGUUGUGUAUAGCCUUCCUCACAUUCAGCUGCAUUGGCUAUGCUAUGCCUUUCAUUCUCUGCGCAUUGAUAUGCUGUUGUCUACCCUGCAUAAUCUCCUUAAUGAGCUUUCGUGAAGAUCUAAACCAAAACAAAGGUGCUACUGCAGAAGCAAUCAAUGCCCUGAGGACAUACAAGUUCAAAUUGAAGAAGGCUCGUAAUGGUGAGGGCAGUGAAGGUGGUGGGAUCCUGGCUGCUGGAACAGACAAGGAGCGUAUUGUUUCUGCUGAGGAUGCUGUUUGCUGCAUCUGCUUGGCAAGGUACGUGAACAAUGAUGAUCUCCGAGAGCUUCCUUGCACACACUUCUUCCACAAAGAAUGCGUAGAUAAAUGGCUCAAGAUAAAUGCCCUGUGCCCCCUCUGCAAAGCUGAGAUAGAUGGUGGUUCGACAAGUUCUUCAGCCCUUGGCUUUGGGCGUCGCCACAGUGACAACAGGGUAGUAAACGACAUUGAAUCGCAAGUAUAACUCUGCCUUCCCCAACGACAGCACAACCUGCUCCCAACGCUUCUAAGAGCAAUUUGUAAAUUAUAAAGUGAGAUAGAUGACAAAAUGUAUGGGCUGCUAUGCUAUCCAACAAUUUCUUCUCUUUCUCAUUGAAAAUUUAUGUUCUGAAGAUGGUGAUGCUGAUUUCUGGUUAACUGGACAAGAACUGCUGCCCUGUGCUAGCUAUACUUUACUAGGCUGGUGAAAAAUGGAAAUACUGGCUGCAAGGACUCGUCGCAGGCGUGCGUGCCUUGGAGAUGGACAUAGUUUGCUUACCCCAAUGCUACUUGCUACUGCAUUUCGCUUCUCAGAUUCAGAAACCUUCUCAAGAGUAGGUUGAUCUUUUUUAUUAUUCAGCAGGUUACUUCACUACAUUAUCGAUGUUGCUAUAUGCUAUGCCAGAUUGCUUUUACUAUUUCUUUGAGAGGGAGAUGGUAACAUAAUCGACGGCAGCAACCAUGAAUGUUGUACACAUACAUAUUUUCUACUCCCUCUGAUUUAUAUUAA